AUGAGCAGUAUGAGAAAUAGGUGGAACAGGAGCAGUUUGAGAGCCUGCGGCGCACACAACCAUGAGCCUGACCCAGAUGUAAACAACUACAUUGAGACGCUGGUGGUGCCAUUCGACCACAAACUAUGUCAUGACAUCACCAAACUGAAUUGUGAGAAUCACGUUUCCCAAAAUGAACAGGUUUGCGGGACAGAUGGGGUCACAUAUGCCAACCACUGUCUUUUCAUGCAAAUUGCAUGCGAAACGAGGGAAGAUGAAAUUCCAGUCACAGUGUCUCAACAUGGCCCUUGUUCGACAACCACUCAUCCUACCAGCACAAAGGUAGCCACAACAACGGUAAACGCAAACACAGCCGCCUCGUCAACUAACCAAAAGAUAACUGCCACACUUUCAAGCGGUGUUAACACAGCCACCAGCGCGACCACCGUCUCCACACAGACACAGGCAACCGGAACUUCUACCGCCGCUCCCGUCACUGCGGACCCGAUGUCUGCUAUUGUCCAGAACGUAUUCUGUUCUAAUCUAGCUGCAAUUUCCUGUCACGGCCUAGCUAUUGUUUGUGGCACUGAUGGACAACUCUACCCGAAUCAGUGCGAGCUAUCCAAGGCCGCAUGCGCAAAGACAGAUUUGUCCAUACAGUCGGAGCUCUCACACUGCACAAUUCUCGGACGCUAA